AUCACUUUUCGUUAGUUAUUAAGUGAAAUUGGGGGACUUGUCCGCUUCGAGAAGUAUUAAAAACAAAACUACCUUAUCAUUGAAAUCUCAAAAUGGGGGAGAUGCUGUCGUGUAAACCGCCGAAGCAAAGCAGCCAUUCUAUUUCAAGCUUCUCUUAUCAAUGACAACAAUUCCAAAACCAACUGAACAGACUCUGGAAGCCUUCCUAACCAAUUUCCUUAAGCUUGUUUCCCAUUAUUUAUAAGCCCUUCCCUUUUACGUUUUGUUUUCACUAGACGCUUAACAUGGGUUCUCCUCUCGCCAUGACCACCGUCACUUGGCACUUUGCCUUGGCAUUCUUCCUCAUUGCCGUCCUCUUCUCUCCGACCCCGGGUCUCGCCCAUGGAUCGAACGUGAUCGACCAGUGCUGGAGGGGAAACCCCAACUGGCGGAGGCAGCGGCAGCAGCUGGCCACCUGCUCGGUCGGUUUCAGCGGGAAGAUGACCGGCAACAUCGGCAAGGGGACCUUGCGGUACACCAUCACCGACCCGAGCGACGACCCGUUGAGGCCGAGACCGGGGACUCUGAGAUAUGGGGCCACUUUGAUAAAUGGCAAAGUGUGGAUCACGUUCAAGAGGGACAUGACCAUCAGGCUCCAGAAACCUCUCCUAGUGAGCAGCUUCACGGCCAUCGAUGGCCGCGGCACGAAUGUUCACAUCACCGGAGGUGGAUGUUUGUUGGUCUAUAAGGCCACGAAUGUGAUUAUCCACGGCCUAUACAUCCACCACUGCCAAGCGCAGCCACCGAGCCAGGUGAUCGGGCCGGACUCCAAAAUCCUGCCUCUCGGCCAAGUAGACGGCGACGCCAUCCGGCUCGUGACGGCAUCGAAGGUGUGGAUCGACCACAACACGCUCUAUGCAUGCCAGGACGGGCUCCUCGACGUCACGCGAGGGUCCACCCAAAUCACCAUCUCCAACAACUGGUUCAGAGACCAGGACAAGGUCAUGCUCCUCGGCCAUGACGAUGGCUAUGUUCGCGACCGCAACAUGAAGGCCACCAUCGUGUACAACCACUUUGGCCCUAAUUGCAACCAGCGAAUGCCGAGGGUUCGACACGGAUACGCACAUGUGGCGAACAACUUGUACCAGGGAUGGGAACAGUAUGCAAUCGGAGGAAGCUCAGGCCCAAGCAUCAAGAGUGAAGCAAACCUGUUCAUCGCGCCAGAAGGAGGCAACAAGGAGGUUACAUGGAGAUUAGGAAGCCACGCGAGCAAAAGGGCUUGGAGCUUCUACUCAGUGAGGGAUGUGUUUGAAAACGGAGCUUCUUUCACGAAACAGGGAAGACUCGGCGGCGCGAAACCUUGCUACAAUAAGCAACAGAGCUUUACAGUCGGUGACGCGCAAUCUGUGAGAUCGCUGACAAGCUCGUCGGGCGUUCUCAAGUGCUCUAGAAGAUCGACAUGCUGAGCGAUACCCAGAAGCUCGAUCUAACAUGGCGAAGAACACGGAUCGAUCUGUGCUCAAGGCUAAAUAGAACUGGAAGUGUCUGCAUAUUUCAGACUCUCGUCUAUGUACAUGACAGUUUGGAGAAUGAUAAUAAGCAUAGCAUUAGUCCAAUAUUGGUGUUCUGAACUGUAAUGUCAUGUAUUUGAUUCUUGAACGUGUUCUU